AUGCAAGAAAUAGUAACAAUAUCACUCUCCCAUAGAGCUAAUCAUUUAAGCACACAAUUUUAUAAUUGCCAAGAACAAAACCUCUAUAAUAAUGAUCCAAAGAAUUCGGUAGACCCUUCAGUAUUUUUGGAUCCAUUGAUUGAUAGAAGAACAAAAACUGUAACAUAUUAUCCUAGAGCACUUCUUUGGGAGGCAAAAAAUGGGAAUGGUUCGUUGGGUAUCUACCAGUACAUACAAGAUACACAAGAUUACCAUUUUAAAGAUGACAAAAAAGAAAUUAUGGCUGGCGAAUCCUCCCAUGAAGUGGUUAGCACACAUAAAAAAAUUGAACGAUCAAAAUAUCAAGAAGCACUAGAUAAUAAUGAACCUUCUCCAAAAUUAACGAAAGAAAAUACUGAAUACUGGUCAGAUUAUAAUAAGUUAAUAUAUCAGCCAAAUUCUUUCAACUCAUUAAAAGAUUGGUACCAUGAUCCUGAAUUACCAAAUCUACCUGAUUAUCAAAAUUUAAAAAGGCAAAGAUUUAUAAACAAUGAGCAAGGUUUAAUGGAAUGGAAAUCACAACACGAAGAUUUUCUGGAUGAAAAUCUAAGAUCAGUAUUAGAACAAUGUGAUACGCUUCAAGGCUUCAACUUGGUAACAGAUAUAGAUUCAGCAUGGGGUGGAUUUUCGGCAUCAUUGUUACAAGAAUUGAAGGAUGAAGUACCAAAAUGUAGCUUAUUUUCAUGGGGGUUCUUUGAAUCUGAUAUAUUAACAAGCUCAAAACCAAGCAUAGAUAAUAAAUAUCAAGUGAAAAAUGCUAUUCAGAACACUCUGUCUAUGAUGGACCAUUCUGAUCUUUUUUUCCCAAUAUAUUCAGAUUCUAAACUAUCUAAUUGGGAAGUUGGUGGCCAAACUUGUAGAAUAUAUGACACAGUUAACUCAGUAUUGGGUCACAGGGAUAGUGAUAAAAGGAAAACAAUGGAUUAUAUCACCAAUUGUAUAACUGAUGGAGAUUCUAAGCGGAAUUUAAUUACUUCAAUAACAGAGAUCGACAAAUAUUAUGAUUACAGUUAUAUCUCCAGAGUUAUCUCAUAUGAUAAAAAAAAUAGAAGCAAUAAAGAAUAUUAUGAAUUUUCUAACUGUGUGAUACAUAGAGGUCCUCAAUUUUUAAAGGACAAUAAAAAAAAUAACGACAUGAAAAACAAAGAAUCUUUUAGAAAUCUCGAAACAACUGUGUUCGAACCUUCAGAUACAAUACCGGAAGAAUUUAGGACCUCCACCCAAUAUUCUGUUAAAUUGUCAUCUACUGAGAAGGCUAGAGACGUAUUCAAACAUUGGAAUGAUUACGUCCAGAAAUAUUUCAGAUUUGAUGACAAUAGAGAAGAAUUGAAAGAGGAUUUAGGUACCUUGGUUUCUACAUAUGAACAUGGUUGGUAUUCAGAUGAGGAUUCUGGGGAUGACCUUUAA